AUGUUUUCGGACGACUGGGCCCGCGGUCCGGGAAAAGUACCUCGGAGGCACUGGAAUGAGACGAUCGCAUCUGCCAAAGCAGCUUUCUGGGAGUACAGCGCGCGGCUGCAGAGGCUACGCUCAGGCCAGGAUCCCCUUGUACACGAUCCCGAUCAAGCAACGCGCGACAGAGGCCUGUCCAGCAAGUCUGCAUAUCCGUGCACGGACACACUCGGGAUAAGGCGUGCGCUUCAAGCUUUCAUCAAGACAGCUCUUCAUCGAGAAAUGGGCACCCUCUUUAACAAGCUGACCCAGGACAUGCACGGUGAGGUACCAAGGGGACUUCUGCGUCCGAAGAUCUCCGACUCGACAAGACUGGACUGGCGUCAGCGGCAGGAUUUGCGGCGAACCGGUAUGCUGAACUCAGACAGCCUUUCAUGUCUUCUACCAGAUCCACCUACCUUCCAGCUCAUUCUGCAAACAAUCGACAAAUCUCUGCCAACAUACGAUGCCGUGCAGAGUGAGCCGGUGCAGCGUGUGGUGCUUGCCGCGGCCAACACACCGAAUGAUCCACCUCCUCCUUACAGCGAAGCGUCGGCAGCGCCACCCCAACAGCAGAGCACCAGGCAACAUCAACAGGAGACUUCGUCUGGAUCCGACGGUGAUGACAAUGAACAGUGGUUCGAUUCGAUGGAGGGCAUGAGCGGUCAAGAUGCCGAGGGGAGGGUGUAUGGUUUUGGGCGGAUGAGGGCAUUUGUGACAUGUGUUCGGUAUUGGCGCCUUGCGAGUGUCCUUGCGAGUGAACCUCAAAAGCUACCGUGUUUCAUGGCGAGACCCUCCCCUGAAUGGAGCGCUCCACCAGGAACUUACCAUUAUUUUGGGUUUCAGUGGGACGCGGGGGGAGCUCCUAUAUCCCGCUGUGUUGCUCGAGAGGUUCCAUGCGGCCUGUGGCUUUGGUGGAUGCACGCUGGCCCGGCGGCGCGGAUAUGCUCCCAAAGGGACACUUUCAGGGAAGGCCACGUGUUGAUGAGGAAUGAGGUGUUUGGGCUCGGAGCCAAAAUUGCGCUGAGCGUAGGAUCCUGUGCCCCUUGCUUUCACUUGGCUGUAGCUUUGGACCGAGGACGCCUUCUUGGCCAGAUCUCACCGCUUCUUGGGCUGUCAGCCGUCAGCGCCAGCCUACACGACCGUCAUGGAGUCCCCUCACUCCUGCGAGGCUCGGAGCCAUCCUUCUCAGGCACCGAGUAUGCCCCGCCCCGCGUGGUCGUCAUCCAGGAACGACUAGCCCACUCACGGACUCCACACCCUUCUUUUCGAGGGUCCAGACCGACGUGA